GUCACUUACUCUGUACUUCCGGCUUUUGACAGUCCAAUUUAAUUUCAGAUUUCUUUAAUCAGAAACAACAUUUUAGUGUCAAAAGCUGUGAAUUUUCCAAGUGCAUAGGGAUCGGCCACAUUCCCAAAAUGGUGAAAAAUUAACACUGGCGUACCGUUAAUUUUAUUUGAACUUUUCCGUCAAAAUCCUAUUGUCAUUUGAAAGUCACCCAAAAGUGGAACUUUCAAAGAUGAGGCUACAGCCAGUAGUUUUUCUUCUGAGAAGACAACUCCUGCAUCUAAACCUCUGCUGAAAAACUCUGCGUCUCAUCCAAACAUUCCCUCUUAAGCAGUUAAAGAUUGAUCUUCCAGGUCCCUUAACAGUGUGAUGUUUGGCCUCUCCAGUCUCUCCAAGUCCCACCGACUGAUCCUAGGAGUGGUAGUCCUCCUGGUCGUAGAUGUGAUAUGGGUAGCUUCAUCUGAACUCACCAAGUUCAUCUUUGAAAAUGAGCACUACGAGAAGCCAUUCUUUAGCACGUACCUCAAGACUGCCAUGUUCUCCAUCUACCUCAGUGGCUUCUUGUUCUGGAAACCAUGGAGAAACCAGUGUAGGGGAAAUAGGGUCACUGCAAAUGGAGAGACUUUAGAAGCAGAAGAAUUGCUGACUGAACCGAUCUAUGUGCCUCUCCGCUAUGACAAGACUAACAGCGAAUCUGAUCUUGAGGAACAAGCUGGGCAAGAAGUAAGAACUGUACGGUUCAGCAAUUUGAUGGAAGUCAGGCAGCUAACAGAUACCUAUGCAGAGGACCAUGUGAUAGCGCGCCUGUCUUUCACGGCGGCCCAGCGUGCUGAGGAGAUGAGGCUUAGAGCACUAAGCAAGCUGAGAGUUUCCCAGGUCGCAAAGCUGGCCUUUGUCUUCACCUUUCUGUGGUUUUUCGCCAAUUACUCAUACCAGAUAGCGUUGGACCACACGGAGGUGGGCAUUGUGAAUGUGUUGUCCUCCACUUCCUCUCUCUUCACCCUUAUCUGUGCAGCCAUCUACCCGGGCUCAGCCGUCGACAGAUUCAGCCUCUCAAAACUUGUGGCAGUGCUAGUCAGUAUAAGUGGUAUAGUGUUGGUCAGCAUGUCCGACAUGAAGUUUGAGCAUCAGGCCCCAACAGGUGCAUUGUGGGCCCUGUCCGGCGCAGUCCUCUACGCUGUGUAUCUCGUGUCCCUGAGGCGGCGUGUGGAUCAUGAGGACAAACUGGAUAUACCUCUGUUCUUUGGUUUUGUGGGCCUGUUCACGAGUGUGUGCCUGUGGCCUGGCUUCAUACUGCUGCACUACACGAAGCAGGAACCUCUACAGUGGCCCAACACCGAGCAGUGCCUCUUUAUAGUGGUCAACGGCCUCAUUGGAACUGUGCUCUCGGAAUUCUUGUGGCUAUGGGGCUGCUUCUUGACGUCUUCUCUGAUUGCAACGUCUGCAUUAAGUCUCAUCACCCCACUCAGUAUGAUAGCUGAUGUCUUCAUUAAAGGGGUUUCCUACACAUGGUUGUUCUACGUGGGAACGGUUCCCGUUUUUGUAGCGUUCAUAGCAAUAGGCUGUCUGACCCACUUUGAAAGCUGGGACCCGGUGCUGGUGCUAGUAAAAAAGUGCAUGCACUGCAUAUGCUCCCGAAGGCUAAUUGCAAUGAACAGGCUUGGACAGUAGAUGACCCCUAUUAAAUUGGGGCACUGGUUCAAAGGGCCCAAAGGUCAAGUCGCGUUCGUGAAGCAGACAAGGAACAAACUGAGAGUCUGAUAGACCCCAGUACAGACUGAGUGCCACAUUCCUGAUAGGUCUGAGUGGUCUGUCCCAACUUGGAUUGGUUCACUUUUAUUGUACAAUGAACACAGCGUGUUGAUGUGGAUUAUACAAAUAGUUCUGACUGUAUACUGCAUAGGAGAAGGACCUGAUAUAUUGAUUUGUUCUGUAAUUCUACACCCCCCUUGUAUUGGAUGUGAAAUGGACCCAUAAUGUAUCUUACAUUUUACUUCUCAUCAACCCUGUGUCCUGGAUGUGAAAUGGACCUAUAAUGUACCUGAAAUGCCAUGCAUCAUUUGUACUCUAUAUCUGCAUUCAAACCCUGUGUACUGUAAAAAGAGACAUGACACUGGUUGAUAUAGGCCUAAAAAGGGUGAAAUUAUACAGCUUUAGCUAUUUUUUUCAUUAAAAAAACAGAUAUGUAUAAAAAAAAAACUUGUCACAAUGAUUUGCAUAAGUACACGGUGAAGUUGGGUAUUGAAAAUGUUCAUUUAAUGGGUUUAAAAGUAACACAACAUUAAAUAACACGUAUAAUUAUGUCAUGAUAUUCAGAGAGUAAGUCUCCAUUCAGACUUUUGAAGUUUCUUCAUGUAGUUUGUGUAAUUAUAGGAAAUCAUAGUAAUAAAAGUAAUAAUAUAGUUAAUUACUUUAAUUUAGUAGUAAGAGUUUUUAAAUGAUUGUCAAUAAUAACAAGGUCAGGUUAACAGACGUUUUUUACAUCGCAAAAAAGUGGCGACAAAUUUUUGGGGGCCAGUGAAACCCCUGAGUCAGCAUACAAUUUCAUUUGAUGUUUUAUUUGAUGUUUCAUUCUAUAGCCUUCAGUUAUUUAGUGCUGCAAUGUGGUCAAAGCAUAUUUGUGUAUAUUGCCUAAGGAAUAACUAUGCAUCUUUGUCUGCAUAUGGUGUAAGCCAGUGUAUAAACAUCAUGCCAAACUGUAAUAUAAGACAGAGCAUUAAAUCUCCAUUUGCUGAUGCAAUCAUAGUAGCCUGUGUAGAUAUUUGUAUGCAUUAUGCAAUCUUGUAUUAAAUGCAAUACAUGCGCCGAAAUGUUUAACAUAGCUAUAUAUUCCUCAUGAUUGACCCUUUAGUUUUAGCCUUGUUUAGAUGUUCUAGCCAAAAAGUACAUCCCUAAAGAAAAAAUUGUACAAUUAAUCAGAAAACAGACAUUGAAGCAACAUAUUAAUUUUUAAAUUGAAAAUCAUGACGUUACUAGUAUGUUAAUGGAUUAAAUAUCAAAACAAAUAGUAAAGGUUAUUAUUUAUUAAAUUCCCUUUGUAAGUUUCAAAAUGUUUCAAUUUUCUUUGGUACUUUACGUAUUUCAAAUGUGAGACCAACAUUCUGGCUGAAUGAAGUAACAAAGGUCUUUAAUAAUAAAAUUUAACUUUCUAAGGGACUACAAAUGUGUUAAAAGACGUAUCUAAGUGGUAACGGGUAAAAAUCCCCAUCUGAGGGGCACCACCACCUUUCCCCCAAAGGUGAAAAAAAAAAAAGGCCUCUUAUCUCCAGCUUUUACAGCUUUUUUCUUGCGGGAGAUUGGUUACCGGAACCUGUGAGUUUGACAGGUAAUUCUUCAAACAGCAACAGUGUUCCCUAUAAUGGACAUUUCACCUUUGUUUUCUCACACAUCAACUGAACUUUUUUGCAUUUGUUAAGAUGUAAAUAUAAUUGUGUUGAUGUUUAACAACACAUUUUUAGGCCUCUACUACUAACCAUGACAAAUAUUAUUUUCCAGGUUAUUGCAUUGUGUUGAAAGAAAUCCGUAUUAUAAUAUUUUCAUGUGUAACUUAAAGUACAAUGUAUGGAUUCUACUUGUAAUACAGUAUGCAGAAACAUUGUAAAUAUCUGCAUGUUAACUCUUUCAGUGCGGAAACCAAAUUUUGAAAGCCUUUGCAAACAGUUUGGAUCCAGAUGAGACGCCACAGAACGUGGCGUCUCAUCUGGAUCCAAACUGUUUGCUAUUCUGAUAGUAUUCUUUGAAAAAAAAUUGAAGAAAAUGCUAAUUUUAGAAAUUCAACAGACGACAUUUUAGCAGACGACAAAUUUCCCAGCAUGCAAAGGGUUAAUUCACAACUAUACAUUUAUUACAUUUGGCAAUGCUUUAUAAGUUAUUUGAGAGAUUGUGUUUUUAUCUGAGUUAUUUGCUUUUACUAAUAUUUAACCCAUUUAUGCCUAGUGGACUCUCCCAUCCUUCUAAAUUGGAUCAAUUUAUUGUUAAAAUUAGGGAUGUCUAGUAUACUUAUUUCUAUAUUUAGAAUAUUUAUUACUGAAAAUCCUUUCAGCAAACAGCGCAGACCCAGAUGAGACGCCGCAUCAUGCAGCGUCUCAUCUGGGUCUACGCUGUUUGCAAUGUCCUUUUUUCAGGACGCUAGGCAUAAAUGGGUUAAGUAAAAAACUUGAUUUACAAAUGUAGAUUCGAACAUAACUGGUUUUUGAAAUAUUGAAUUGAAACUUCUCAUAAAGAAAACAAUAUGAAUAUUGACUGAUAAGUCAUAGUUAUUGUGGCUGAACAUUACUGUAGGAGAAAAUGAAAUGUUAACAGGUAUUUCAAGCCUAAAGUAAUUAAAGUCACUAAAACACUUAUAAUAUGUCAUAAAAAAAAUUCAUCACGUUGACAAAAAAAUUCUGAUAUAUAUAUUUUAUCAGAAUUUAUUAUUUUUUUGUCAAAGUGAUGAAAAAUGUUUUUUAUGACAUAUUGAUAGUGUUUUUACGUGACUUGGCCACGUGCCCAACACCUGUGGUCAAGUGGAGUCAAAUUCAAGUUCACCAGAGUGAUUUGUGAUAUGUGAUGUGCUCUAUGAAAAAGGGGUUUAAUGCAUGUGCAUUUAGUGUUGUCCCAGAUUAGCUAGUGUAGUCCGCACAGGCUAACGCACAGGCUAAUUAGGGACAACACUUUCCGCUUUUAUGAUAUUUUUUUGUAUCAAGAAAGUCUUUUCUUAGCAAAAAUCAAGUUUUUUCUUAACCAAAAUCAAGUUAAGGCGGAAAGUGUUGUCUCAAAUUAGCCUGUGGGAACUGCACAGGCUAAUAUAGGACGACACUUUAUGCACAUGUAUUAAACCCCCUUUUCACAGAGCGGCUCAUAUAUUCUGGUGUUUGUAAAAUUCUUUCAGUUAUAAUGCAAAUGAUUACUUCAAUAUACUAGUGUCUGCUAGUAUAAACUAUGCUACUAUGCCAAGAAACGUUAUAUUGGUUUCACAUAUUUCAAAUACAUUUUUGAUUACCUGUAUAAAACCAUUUAAUUUCUAAUAGAAUGUGUAUUUCAUGCUAUUUGGGAACUUUAACUUACAUGCUUGUUGUUUUUUUGUACUAAAAACCUAUUUAGAUGUUUGUUUGUGUACUUGUAUAGUUUGUGGUGUAAAUUGUUCAAUAAUGUUCAAUUAACGGUGAUAUUUAUAUGUGUUCUGACACUUUUAAGCAUACACAUAUUCGAAAAUGAUACCAACUGUUGCCGUCAACCAGCUGCUGUUGUUGUUAACAAGACUAAAGCUGUAUUACACAACACGGACUGAAACGUGUCGGAUCAAACACUUAAGCCAAAAACAAUUAAAGUCCAAAGUAUUUUUUAAUUUGAGGCCUUGAUGUUGGCAUGAACACAUGAAUAAUUGGUAACUUGUCCAUCAGAGCGGACUUAGCAUGUUAAGUGGUAGGAAUAGAGGACUUGUCAUUGUUGUAAGGCGUAACUACUGCUGAGUGUAAGCUAAAGUACUUGAAUGGAUUAAUGGGCUAUAAAUAAGCAAUAAUAGAUGGCAGUUUAUAUGGCUAUGACAAGCGACCCGCAACCUUACAGCACGACAAGCGACUAACGCGUCAUUUCUCAUCCGCCAAGCAAUACCUUGCAACAUGAGUAAUGUCUUGACAGUUCUCACUGCUUUGACCGUCGACCACGUGUGCCAUUAAAACCACGUGUCAUUUUCAGGUGUAGCAGUCGUUUGUAGAUUCGACAGGUUUCGUCUUAAUAUACAUAUAGAUUUUGCAUACACAUAAAAAAUUAAAAAAAUGAAUGAUGAAUUCAUUGCCAAUAACGUCAAUAGCAUAGAUCGAACUGCUCAUGUUUGAUGAUGUAUAUUUAUGACUAUUAACCUACUAAUUACCCAUUCACAGGAUUUAAUUAACUCAUUUAUGCCUAGUGGACUCUCCCAUCCUAGAUUGGAUCAAUUUAUUUUCAAAAUUAGGGAUGUCUAGUAUAUUUAUUUCUAUAUUUAGAAUAUUUCUUACAGUAAUUUCUUUAAGCAAACAGCGUACACUCAGAUGAGAAGCCGCAUCAUGCGGCCUCUCAUCUGGGUCUACGCUAUUUGCCAAGGCCUUUUUUCUAGACGCUAGGCAUAAAUGGGUUACUAAUAUACUAAUUUUCUUGUGCUUGAGUUUUUUUAUUUUUGUAUCAUGCAAUCAUGUUUGAAUUGUGUUUUGUAUGUGUUAUAUAGUUGUAAUUAAAUUUGAUAAUUUACAAUUUAUUAAUAUAAUGGUGGGGUUGUUAUAAAAUAUAUAAGUUUAUUAUUAUAAAUGUUGUUUUAUUUCAAUAAUAAAACUUUUAAAUUG